AACAUAUAUGACAAGAAAGGGUGAAACGGUUUACUAGUUUAGACAAUUUUUGCAGUGCACGAAACUACGUCAGUGCAGUAUUUUACUUCCAAAAAGUAACAUACGUUUUGAGUUCAGACAGCUGUAACUUAUUUAACAUCAGUAAUAAUGGAUUGGUCCAGCUUACAAAUAGAGUUCCAAACCACAUCAAGACUUGUACUCUUUCCGUUCAAGCUUUAGACAUAGUCUAUCCAACAUCAGUUACCACGUUUUCUUUAUUUAUUGAAUUUCGUAGAUGUUUAAGCGAUACUGAUUACAGGCAUAUCCAAUGGGAUACAGGGAUCCCAGGAGAGACAUCUAUGCAUAAUUGCCCGACUGGAUAUAGAGGUAAUGUAACAAGGUACUGUUCCAAAACUGGAAUUUAUCAGGACCCCGUUUACAACUGUACGAAAGCUUCAAUUGAAAACAUUUACAAUAAGUUAAUUGAAGCCAAAAAGACUGGUCAGGUUAACAUAGUUGAUGUACUGGAUGAGCUAUCAAAUGAGACAUCAGACACGGACGAGAAUAGUACACUUUUGAUUGGAGAUAUAAACGUCGCUGUUAAUACACUUGCACAAAUAGUUGAUGUGGUAACAGUCAACACAACAGACAUUAAAAAUGUUACAGAUUCAUAUAUACAAACAAUCAACAAUAUCUUGGAUGAAAGUACAACACAGACGUGGAAGGUGAACAUAAAUCAGACAGGUUCCGGGGCAGACGUUGUUCUGAAGACAACAGAUCGUUUUGUGGAGAAGAUCUUGACAAAAUCCUACAAUUUCACUGCUGAGAUAUCAAAGUCAAAUUUAUAUUUAAAGAUGGCGCCUGUACAAUCCUGUAACGGAGCCUUGAAUUUCCCUGAACAUGGAAAAGAAGGUAUCUCUGAGUGGGCUAGAUCAAGGAAGGACAGGCUCGUAAUUGACUGUGACAGUACCGUUGAAUCCUUUAGUGGAAUUAUGUACAGAAAUGUAUCACUGAUGAUAUCAUCAUCAACUAACAACACUAAAUCCGAAGAUCUUCAGCUGAAUGCUCCAGUAAUAUCAUUUACAUUUUAUCCGAACAUUACGCGACAACUUGUCAGCCCAGUGGAAAUUCAAUUUCAGUUGUAUAACAAUACGUUGGAUAAUGCGAGAUGUUCGUUUUGGAAGGAAUCAAAAAGCGAAACGUCACUAGGUUAUUGGUCAGAUGAAGGGUGUCGACUGAAAAAAUAUGACAAGGACGAAGAAGUUGUUGUGUGCGUUUGCGACCAUCUUACUAAUUUUGCUGUGCUUAUGAGUCCAUCCACACACCAGAUUAAGGGGGAACAUAAGGAGGCACUGUCAAUCAUUUCCAUGAUAGGAUGUAUAGUUUCCAUGAUAUGUCUUGUGCUUAAUGUAGCUAUACAUGUAUUCUUCUGGAGGUUUAUUGAAUCGGUUCGGUAUAUCAUUCAUGUGAACUUAUCCUGUUGGUUAAUUGUUGCAUAUAUCCUGUUUCUUGCUGGGAUAAACAGAACAGAAAACAAGGACAUUUGCACAGCAAUGGCGGUACUUCUGCACCUAGUGUUUUUGAUAGUUUUCUUCGGAAUGCUGGCGGAGGGAUGUUACCUUUCAUAUACGGUUCUCAAACCACUAAGCACUAUAAAACCUGGGAUGCCACUAAUGAUAUCGUCAUAUGUCCUCGCAGUAAUUAUUGUGGUGAUAUCUGUGGGUGCAUCACAGCUACAGGGAUAUGGAACCGAACAGGCAUGCUGGUUAUCGACUGAAACUGGAUUGAUAUGGGCAUUUAUUGCUCCGGUUGUUGUUGUUAUAGUGGUUAAUUUUAUAAUUGUUGUCUUCGUGAUUCGGACAAUGUGUGGCACUACAGCAAUGUCGAAGAAAUCAAACAAAGGACGGGCAAAGGCAGCAUUACGUUGCAUAUUGGUGCUCAUGCCGGUGAUGGGUCUGACCUGGGGGUUUGGAGUGUUAUCUUUUAAUAGUGACACAAUUGCUUUCCAGUACAUAUUCGCUAUUCUUAACAGUUUUCAGGGACUGCUGAUCUUCAUAUUUCACUGCGUGUUGGACAAAAAGAUAAAAGAUGCAUUUACAAAACAGAGACACAAAUGGCUUCAGUCGACGCAGAGUUUCGGAAUUUCUGGAGGAAAGAGAAGCAAAACACAAGACACUUCCGUUUUCUGAAAACCAGGAAGAAUCAAUUCAUCGAUGGAGUAUUUCAAAAUGUGAUGUGUCGGACAUUUUGAUCAUUCAAGACUUGGCUACAUCUAAAACAGCACUUUGUAUAUUAAAGCUUCUCGUAGAUCAUAAUCAAUCGAUGAAGUACUUCAAUGUUUGUCGGACGUUUACAUAUUCACAGAUUCCAUGAAGCCAUCGAUGCAGUAUUUGAAUCACCGAUAUUUCAAACUUUUGCAUUUUCAAAAAUUCAAUCCACCGAUAAAGUAUUCAAUUGUAACUUUAUCCUGUGUCUCCAUAUUCACAACUAUCCGUGGAUACAGGUACUGAGUAUUUCAAAUAUCAGUUUGGUUUGUCGGAUGUCUGCAUAUUCUUAGCUUUCAAUGGAUCCAUCGAUGUAGUUUUUUUCAAAAGGAAUAUCGAUGUGUCGGACAUCUACUUAUUCAGUAUUACAAACCUUGAUAUGUUGGAAGACCACAUAUUCUCAGCUUUAAACAACAUCUUGUGUACGUGAUAUUGCAAUAACGCUUGUUUGUGUAUUCAUUUGAUAUGUUACGGUGAAUGUUUCUUUUUUUAAUAUGUGGAUUAAAUGAAACUGUCUUCUUGCAAAGAUAAAUAUAUUUCCAUCGCCGCUGUGAUACAUUUUGGAUUUUAAUCUCGAAAGGAGAAUUUGUCAUAGUAUCUUGAUAAAUAUUGCUUGUUACUUACAGUUUGUAAUGCUACAUUUGUUUAAGUAUUAAAGAUUAUCUUUUACAUUUAAAGGCUUGCUAUAUUUAAAGGUAUCAAAAACUAUAUAUGUAUCACCAUUUUUGUAAAAAAUAGUUUGUUUUGUUUCAAAUCCUUUAAAAUAGAUGAACAGUAUUUAUAUAACAAAGUUGUGGCAGUUUCAAUGCAACAUGAUUUUGAUAUUCACGGACAUUUUGCAUCAUUUGAGAAUUUAAAAAACCCCAAACAACAACACAAUUUGAAACAAAAGCUAACAAGGGUCAUUUGGAUUACAGAUAUAAGUAUAUUUGAUAGAUUGAUGAAAGCCGGUGUUAUAGGAGCCACUGCUAUAACUCUACCAGGAUAAAUAGAUGUCUUCGAAACUUCACGAAGUGAUUGAUAUAAUGUUAACUUUUUUCUAAAAUAUGACAAACAAUAUUAACCAGGAGGAGUGGCGUUCAAUGAAGCCUGUUCGGCAAUAACAAUGUAUUGGUCUUUUGAGACCUAAGUUACAUUGCAUUUAUUCUGAAUCAACCCUCAUAAAAUGAUUAUGUUCAUACAAAAAUUCUAAUCA